AUGGAAGCCUCGCACUCCGAAAGUAUUCCUCGCCCAGGCACAGAAGCGAGGUCAACCACACCAGCUACACCGGCUACGGCCUUUCAAGUCCUCCAAAUUGAGGGUUGGACUCCUACUAACACUGUCGCCUUCUACCCUUCCUCUGAACAUCCACAACUGACUUUCUUCAUCUCGGUCCUACACUGCCUGGUGGUAAAUGCCAACGAUGACAGAGUCAACGAAGACCUGGAGCUGCACCACUCUGGCGAUCAGAAGGAUCGGAGCCGUAUCUGGCCGUUCGCAAGUGUGCUCUCUGCUGUGAGAGACUCAGUCUGUCACUUGUCCAAACUGCCAGGCUUACAGAUUCUGGUCAAAACCCUCUUUCAAAUGGACCUCCAUCGCCUGCACCACCCUGCAACCCUCCUGAAAAUCCAGACCGGCAGACUCGGCCAAGAGAUUCAAGUGAGCCGGUUCUUUCUGGUACUCUUCCACCGAAGCGAGAUAGCAGACAAGUCCGAGAUCUGGCGCAGAGUUUCGGUACGCCAAAAGGGUCAACGCGCCUCAGACAGUGAUCCUACCACGAUUGUACCGGGGAAAAUCAUGAAUGUUCGAAUGAGCAUGGAUGACGACGGUGUCCCAGCAAUGGAAAUCUUCCAGCUUUACAGGCUCAACAAAGAGACGGAAGAUUCAACCGAGUUCUACCAUUCGUUCCAAGAGUUCAACAAGCACAUCUGGUUCCAGGAGGCAGAAGCUAGUCGCCCCUGUGGGGAGAUGAUUGAUUACGCGUGUGACCACAACUGGAACGAGGAAUGGAUGGACACUUGGCUGGAGAGGCAGGGGUUGCAGCCGAAUUGA